AUGGAACUGUCUCUUCUCUCAUUCUCUUCUUCCUUGUCUCCUCUCUGCCACAACCGAACCUUAUCCCUAACCCCCAAACUCUCCAAAUCCCAAAACCACCCUCGUCUCCUCACCAUCAGAUCCGCCGUGUCUCGUUCCAAAAAGGAAGAAACCGUGGAGACAGUCAAGUCCCACCUCGAGAAUUGCCACCUCCUCGCCGCCAUCAACUACAAAGGCCUCACCGUCAAGCAGUUCCAAGACCUAAGAAGAACUCUCCCGGACACAACGAAGCUCGUCGUCGCCAAGAACACUUUGGUCAUCAAAGCCAUCGAAGGAACCAAAUGGGAAGCUCUGAAGCCUUGUAUGAAAGGCAUGAACGCUUGGCUCUUUGUUCAGACAGAUGAAAUCCCUUCCGCUAUCAGACCUUACCGGAGUUUCCAAAAGGAACGUAAGCUUGAUGAUAAUGACUUUGCAGGUGCGGUUUUUGAAGGUAAGUUCUACGCUCCUGAUAACUUCAAAGCUCUUGAGACCAUGCCGACUCGUGCUGAGGUCUACGCUAAGAUGCUUGGAGCUCUGCAAAGUCCGGCCAUUAACCUUGUCUCUACGUUGCAAGCACCAGCUAUUGAGGUUAUCAUGGUUCUCAAGGCUUAUGUCAAGAAGCUAGAAGAUGAGAGUAAUGCUGCAUAA